CACGGCGAAAGGCCAGUCUCCGAAAGUGGACUACUACAUUUCUAGCGAAUACUGCUCAGUGGUGAAACUGCCACUUGGAACUUGGUGUGUCGGGACUCGGGAGGCGUCGAAAGAGAGAGAGAUGGAGAACAGUGCAGGGAGGCGACUGAACACUCUUAUUCAACAUCUCUUGUUGCAAGAUAAAGGUGAUGUUCAAGUUCUUCUUCCGAAUGAACUGAGGGAGGGGCGAUCGAAGAAUGUGAAAUCAGAACCAGUAAUCAUAGGAGGAAUGAUUUUGGAUAUCCAUGCCUAUCCUUCUAUCCCUGCUACUCCCAGGACCACCACUCCUGGCAAGGUUCACUAUGUACUUGGUGGAGUAGCAAGAAAUAUUGCUGACUGCAUGUCAAAACUCGGAGCUAAGCCUUUCAUGAUUAGUGCCGUUGGACCUGAUAUGGCAGGAAAUUUGCUGUUAGAGCACUGGGAAUCUGUUGGACUUUCUACAGAAGGCAUUCUAAGGUGUCAAGGUAUUGAGACCCCUGUUGUGUGCAAUGUAUUUGAUGCCAAUGGAGAGUUGGCAGCUGCAGUUGCAAGUGCAGAAGCAAUUGAGAAAUUUCUAGCUAAAGAAUGGAUUAAACAGUUCACUAGAAAUAUUCAUUCUGCUCCCAUAUUGAUGGUUGAUGCAAACUUGAGUCAGCGAUCACUUGAAGCUUCCUGUCAAAUAGCUUCUCAAUCUGGCAUUCCUGUAUGGUUUGAGCCUGUAUCAGUUGCAAAAUCCAAAAGAGUUGCCUCCAUCAUCAAGUAUGUAACUUUCACUUCACCCAAUGAAGAUGAACUUAUUGCGAUGGCAAAUGCUGUGUCAAGUGAGGAUUUGUUUUUGCCAAUUCAAAGGGUGGAUAAUGGUGGAAGUACACAGUCCAUAGAAUCUUUUCUCUUAUUACUUAAGCCAGCAAUAUGGGUCUUACUUGAAAAAGGUGUUAAAUUAGUUGUAGUGACUCUUGGAUCAGAUGGGGUGUUCUUAUGUUCUAAAGGUGGAGCAGAGUUCACAGCUGUUGAUUUCAAGAACACUGAGUCAAGUCACUUUGGGAAACUUCUGAGUGAAAUGGUGACCUUGAACUGUCAAAAUGACUUGGUUAAUUUUUGCAAGUUCAACAGGAGUAGCACUCAUCUUUCUGUUGUGCAUUUUCCUGCACUUCCGGCAUCAGUUGUGGGGCUUACAGGUGCAGGUGAUUGCUUGGUUGGUGGAACUCUAGCAUCUCUGUCUGCUGGCCUAGACAUGAUGCAAAGUAUGGCAGUUGGCAUGGCAACUGCAAAAGCAGCUGUUGAGACUCGGAAGAAUGUACCUUCUGAGUUUUGUCUGGCUUCAAUUGCAGAUGAUGCUAAGAGAGUAUAUUCUUCAGCAAGGGUUGUGUUUGAUCAAUCAGUUGUGUAAGUUAUCAGGUAAUGCAUCAGCUUGAACUCUUGUUUCAAUUUAAAUGUCCGCCAUGGAGGUGUAAGGUAGCUAGUGGGGUGGACCCCACGAGCCAAAAAUGGCCUGAGUGAGUGAAUUAUUCUUUCUUCUUGAUUUAUUUGCUGUGUAAUCGUUCCAGUCAUUGGGAUUGGAGAAAAAAAGCGUACCCAGUACAUGAGGCUCCUGCCACUGCGGGGUCAGGCGAACCUAGGGUUGAGUCAGCAUGGAGGGCUCUAUGGUGAUAGGCAAAUAAUGGUGGAUCACAAUCCCUUGUGUCAUUGUAUGUGAACUAUUUCUACCAAUUAUAAUUAUAGUCAAAAUUUAUGAUAA